GAGAAAACUAUCUAUAUUUAUCAAAACAUUAUGCAUAUCCUAACGAAAAUCUCUUGAUUAGGUUUAUAAGGGACUAAUAGCCUACAUUGAUACAAAGCGAGGAAGCCACGAGUCGAUUGAGCUAUCCUUUAUCAAGAAUUUACUUCGUGAAAAGGGAGAUGAAGUAUUUGAAAUGCUUGAGAGCUCUAUGUGGGAAAGUGCUCUGAGAACACUCAAGUCAUUAACAAAUGAACUUGAAACAACACAUGCUCAGGUUGAAAAUGAUGACAAGCUGGAUAAAAGUACGUUGUAUGCAUUUGUUUAAUAUGGCAACUAACGCACUCUGUUUAGUUUCAACCAAGGUAGCGCCAUGGAUACAACGUGCUUCAGAUAUUAAGGCUGAGGUUGUUGUUAACCAUGAACUAGAGCACAAGUUACAGCAACAUAACGAAGAAAUCAUAAAGUUGAUAAAGGAUGUUAAGAUGAAGGACCAAGCCCUUCAAGAAGCUGAUGUCAAGAUCAAUUUACUUGAAAAGAGGAUGGAAACUGCUAAAAAGGAGCUAGAGCAUGUCAAAACGUUAGAAGAGGAUUUAGAAAAGUCUUUGAAUCAGGAGCAGAUGUAUGUGGAAGCAAUGGAAAAUCUACAAGCAGAGUAUGAUGCAUUAGAGGCAGAGAACAACAUGCUCAAGAAGGAAGCGAGCAAACGAGAAGAGAAGAGACAGUCAAUGCUGAGAAAAGCUAACUUUGACUUGACAGAACAGGAAGAUACCACGACUAUGCAAGAAAUGGCAGGCAAUUACUAUGAGAUGUCAAGUCAAAUGGAAAGCUUGAAGGCAUCUAUUCGAUAUCUGAGAGCAGAGAAUGCACACCUAAAGAGCUUAGACUUUGUCCGAUCAUUGAAUUUAGAAUUGGGUUCAAACGAGAAACCGGUUACGACAUCAGAUGAUACGCUUAAAUCGAUUGCUCGAGAAACAAGAGUCUUGGUCAAGGAUGCUCGUGUAGCAGGUGCAUCCCCAAGGGUUGUUCAACUUUCAAAUGAUUAUCAGAGCACACAUUGGCAGAGUAGGAAGAAAUCACCUGACUAUCAAUAUCAAACACAGCAAUCUGUAUUAUACACACUCAAACAGCGCAGUGUGCAGCUAAGGAACCAAAUGAAUGAUCUUCAAAUCACGGCCAACACAAAUAAUAAGGUAACGAAAUAACCAUUUGUAAAUAUUACUUAUACCAACAUGAUCAUACAUUAGGAACUAUCAAUCCAAGGCAGUCAAAAGCUUGGAUUGGUCAAGGUACCUAAUCUGUUAUCUCUCCAAAAC